ACUGGAAUUGUAGCCUCUUUCUGGCCGUAGAACAACAUGGCGGCUGUGUUUGACAACGUGCAUAUAGCUAUUUACAAGGAAAGCGGUUAUUUUGAUAAUUCUGAUAAAGCACCACAUAGAAUUGAAAUUAUUAAGGAACAGAACCAGGUUACUGUGAACUUUUAUUGCGAUGGUUCAAAGAAAAUUGUUAUUCCCAUUGAUUCCAAUGCAGACUAUGCUCGUGUUGGACGACAGUCAAUUGUUUUCUCCAAAGAUCAAACCUCUUUUCAAGCAAAUUUUGCCUCAGUCCAUGUUAUGAAGUCCUUCUUGUACCGUUUGAACGAAUUCACAAAUGGUCGCAAAUCUGUUUUCUCAGAAAGAACAGAUGAUGCAUCAGCAGUGCAGUACUUUCAGUUUUAUGGUUACUUGUCUCAGCAACAGAAUAUGAUGCAAGAUUAUAUUCGAACGUCCACAUAUCAACGUGCAAUGUUGGCUAACAUCGAUGAUUUUCACGACAAGGUCAUACUUGAUGUUGGAGCUGGUUCUGGAAUUCUUUCAUUCUUCGCAAUCCAGGCUGGUGCUCGCAAAGUUUAUGCAAUAGAAGCUAGUAGUAUGGCUCAACAUUGUGAAAUGCUGGUCAAAGAUAACCGACUUGUUGACCAAAUUGUUGUUAUCACGGGCAAAGUCGAGGAUGUUACAAUACCCGAGGAAGUUGACACAAUUAUUUCAGAACCUAUGGGAUAUAUGUUGUUCAAUGAACGUAUGCUAGAAAGUUUCCUUCAUGCCAAAAAAUGGCUGAAGCCUGGAGGUCGGAUGUUUCCUACACAAGGUGAUCUCCAUGUUGCACCUUUUACUGAUGAAGCCUUAUAUAUGGAACAGUAUUCUAAAGCAAACUUCUGGUAUCAAGAGUCAUUCCAUGGCGUUAACCUCAUAAGUUUAAGAAAUGCCGCUGUUACUGAAUAUUUUAGGCAACCAAUUGUCGAUACAUUUGACAUCCGAAUAUGCCUUGCUAAAUCCAACAAACAUGUGGUUGACUUCCAGAAAGCUCGAGAACAAGAUCUUCACAUCAUUGACAUUCCUUUGACCUUCAGUAUGAUGCAGUCAGGACUUGUACAUGGUCUUGCCUUCUGGUUUGAUGUUGCCUUUUUUGGCACAAACAACUCUGUGUGGUUGUCAACUGCACCCACGGAAGCUCUUACUCAUUGGUAUCAAGUUCGCUGUCUUGUGCAAACUCCAGUUUUAGUGAAACAGGGUCAAACAUUGACGGGAAAAGUUCUUUUAAGAUGUAAUAAACGACAAAGUUAUGAUGUUGAUAUUGAACUGAAUAUACCAGGAACCAAUACAAAAUCUACCAAUUCACUCGAUUUAAAAAAUCCUUACUUUCGAUACACUGGUCAAACACCACAGCCUCCAGCAGGAAAUAGCAACCAGUCGCCAUCAGAUUCAUAUUGGAAUAGUGUAGCAACUGGUAAUUUGUCAAACAAUUGUUUAUCAGGAAAUCAGUCUUCCUAUAUCAAUGGAAUCUUAAAUGGUUUAACAGAUAAUACUCAAGUAAUUGCUCAACAAGGUGUUGUCCAAACUAAUCUGAUACCACUCUAUGCCAGUUCCGAUGAUGUGGAACCACGGUACCCAAUGCAACGUGGUGCUGAGGGCGUGGCUGGACAGUGGUGGUGUCAGUGAAUCUCAACUAUCUACAUUAAGGGGGGGUAGGUCCUCAUCAAAUUUUUGCGAGGUGAUUUUUUUUUCCUUUUGCUGGCUUUUUCCAAUGUUUUCUUUCUUUAAUUAUUUCUUAAUUUAAAAAUAUAAUGAUAUAAAUUUAUAUUUUUAAAGUUGUAAAUAUUCUAUUUUCCUCAUUUUUUUUUCUAAAUUUAUUUUGUUAAAAUAUUUUAUUAUUACAAAGAAUUUUUCAAACUACUAUCCUCAUCUUUGGUUUUAUUUCCCUUCUUCUUAAUGUUUUCAUGUCUAGAAUUUUUAAGCAAAUAAUUGCUUUAAUUUUCUUAGAGAUAUACCUUGGUACAAUGAAGUAUUAAAUGAGUUUGUAGAUUUUUUUUUUUUUUUGUGGCUGGCUAUAUUUGUUAGUGCCAAAUAUUUCACUGUAAAAUGGAUUUGGCUGUCCGAACAAUUUUGCCCGCAUUGUGAUGAAGCUUUUCCUGUAUCUAUUUAUUUGUCUGAGUAGGAUGUCACCAUUUACUUCAGGAAAAUAAUCAGCAAAGUUAUUGGCUAAAACACGUAAAAGAAACAAAACGAAACAAGAUGAGAAUAGUAGUCAAUGAAACAUUUGAAUUAAAAACAAGAUUGCUUUUUAUUCUUAUCUGAAACAAACAUUAGAAAUAGCCUAGUUAUUUAAGUUAUCAACAUGUUUUAAACAUAUCAGUCAUUUUCAAGGAAUUUUGAAUCUUGUUUUCAAGAAAGAAGAAAAGAGAAAAAAAAAAUAAAACCCCAAAAUCACAACUGAUUUUAUUUUUUAGUCUUUCCAAUCUCUUAGUUACCUUUUUACUAAUACUCCUCCAUUUUGCUAAUGUCUUUUGCAUUUGGUCUGAACUUAAAGGAUAUUGCUUUCAUAUCUUUUGUGCCAAGAUUCGGCAUAUUUUUUCUUUGAAAUUUCUCGAAGGUUACUCUUUUUAUACCUACCCUCCUUAAUUUGUGUUUGAGAUAUGAUUAAUGUUGUGUACUAACAGGAAUGAAAACACAACACACCACACAUACACAUGCACAUAAAUGCAUAGAACUAUAUUUGCAUAUUUAAAUUUUUAUGUGUUCCUGCAUUUUAAUUCACCAGUUACUGCCAUAGCAGUUUUUAUUGAAGUAUAUCUGACUAUGACAAAGCAUUGUAAAAUGAGACAAUCUAGUUUUGAUUCUCAGUUGAAACUAGUCCUCUUCAUUUACAGUAAUCAUGUCCUUAACGUGAUCAACAUUGCACAACUUCAUUCCGCUCUCUGAAAUGGGGUUCUUGUAUUCAUCUUUUAUUGCCAGUGUUAGUAGGAUAUAAUCCAAGUCAUCCAUAGAAUGCUUAGUUGAAAGGGCAAAUUAAAACAUUAUUCAACAAUUUCGACAUGUUUAUUAACUAGUGUAAUAGUGUUAUUAGUUUUCUUCAACUUUUCUGCAUGAUUUGUUGUUUGCAUAUCAAAUUACUCUGGUAUAAUUACCAAUUUCCUGGUGGGUUGUGUUUUUGGUAGGUGCAAUAUUUCGUAACUACAUGGUUUGGUUUGUAUGUGACACAUGCCACACAAUGGUUCUUACUGCCGAGAAUGGCUGAUUUAAUUUUUAUUUAAUUUAUAAUAAACCUAUUUACUGUGGAGAAACCUUAGUAUUGUUUCUAUGUACUUUACAAUUGCUUCUAUUUAAUAAUUUUAAAUCUAUGUAGUGUGUUGAUAUCUAAUUACAGUUCAUGAAUCAGCAAAUGUUUGAAAGCUUGACUACAUGACUAAGAAAAAAAGAAAAAAAAAAUUUUUAAAUAAACCCCUGGAACAGUGGUUGAAUUUCUGCGGUCUUAUAUUAAGAUAGAUAUGUGUGUGAUUGACACAUUACUACUAUUAUGAAUUCAUUAGUAAAUGCUUUCAUUAUUCUCCACAUGGAGCUGUCCUCCAUAACAAUGUAACAGAAUGGGCCAUGAUAAUACAUAUUUAUCACACCAUCAGCCCUAGAGUUGUUGUCUUCCUGAACUUGUGUAGCUCGUGGUAUAUUUAAGGUCUUGGAAAUCUUUGUGCGAGCUUAUACAGCUUAUAUUUACAGGUGCUAACCAAGAAAGAGUUCUUAAAUUUGGCAACAUUUUUUUAAAACAUCAUUCUGGGUCAAAGAUUAUUUACAACUCCUACAUUUUGGGGCUUUAAAACUUACAUAGACCAGGUAUUUGUAUGAACACACAUGAUGAUUAAAAUAAACUAUCCUCUUUAGUUUACAUAUUCUUCCUAUUUCACUCUGUAUCUGCCAUUUAAAUGUUUUCCUCCCCCACUUUUUGUUUAUCUUCUGAAUAAAAUCGAUCCCAAAUCAAAGUGUGGUUAUCCUGAACUUGUCCAACCUUAUUGCAUUGGACAAAACUGUGAAUUUCAUUGAUAAUGCAUUUAAAAAUAAAACAAAACAAGGUUUCACAUUAAUUUUCCUCAAACUGUAAACAAUAAAGAUGGAUUGGUCAACAUUAA